AUGGAGUCCCGUCACGGCACCCCAGGACCCCAGUCCUAUUUCCCUGCCCGUUCUGUGCUGUUCCGGAAGGAAGCGAGUGGAGUGACGUAUCGCAUACCUGCUCUGAUCUACUUGCAGCGAUCCUCUUGCUUUCUGGCUUUCUGUGAGGAAAGACUGAGCCCUGCUGACUCUAAUGCUCACUUGUUGGUCAUGCGCAGGGGCGUCUUCUACAGAAACUAUGUAGAGUGGGAAGACAUGCGAGUUUUGAGCACAGCCUGCCUGAAAGGCUACCGUUCGAUGAACCCGUGUCCCCUGUAUGACACCUUCACUGGGACGCUCUUCCUCUUUUUCAUUGCAGUGCUCGGUCACACCACAGAGGCGUAUCAGCUGGUGACAGGCAUCAAUGUUACUAGGCUCUGCUAUGUGUCCAGUCAGGACCAUGGAAAGACCUGGAGUCCUGUCACUGACCUCACUAAGAAGGUCAUAGGUGAUACAAUUAAAGAAUGGGCUACAUUUGCUCUUGGCCCAGGACAUGGGAUCCAGUUAAAAUCCGGCCGUCUACUAAUCCCAGCCUACGCCUACCACAUUGACAGCAAGUGGUGCUUUGGAAAAAUCUGUAAAACCAGUCCGCAUUCCUUCUGCUUCAUCAGUGAUACGCAUGGCAAGACAUGGCAUUUUGGCAGAACAGUGCCCGAACCGGAAUGCGUGGAGUGUCAGCUGGUCUCAGUGGAUGAAGAGGACGGGACCAAUGUGCUCUACUGUAACGCCCGCAGUACCCUCGGCUCCCGUGUCCAGGCCCUCAGUUUCAACAAUGGGACUGUUUUCCAAAAUGGACAACUGGUGCACAAGCUUGUAGAGCCUAGAAAUGGCUGUCAUGGGAGUGUGAUUGGCUUUCCAGCACCUUUCCAUCUCUUUCAGAAGUCUAGCUGGGGUGCUCUUCAGUGGAAGAUACCCACUACUAGCUCACCUUCCUCUGUAGCAAGCACAUUUCAGAAUUUUUUACCACCAACAUGGGUGGUGUACGGACAUCCAACCCGGAACAACUCUCGCCAGGAUCUUGGCUUGUACAUCAAUGUGCGGCCCCGUGAUCCAGAUAGCUGGUCGAGGCCAUGGAUCAUCUAUGAGGGGCCGAGCGCAUACUCAGAUCUAGCUUAUGUGGAGCUGGCCUCUACAGCGGAACCACCUGUUUCUGUUUUUGCCUGUUUAUUUGAAAAUGGCACAAAGACAGCAAAUGAUGAGAUUUCAUUCUGCAUAUUUACACUGUUCGAGCUGAUUAACAACCUCCCUCCCGCCCUACCACGUCUGAGUAGUGUAAAAUCAGCUGAAAAAAAGAUGAGGAAGAGGAAGAAGAGAGUGUGUCAGUUUUGCACAGUGUGUUAG